GCCUCGACGUCCUCAUUGAUUGCGAAUGACAGCAAUUCACGCGAAUGAGGUGAAACCUUGGCCACCAGUUGAAGUGAAAUUACCACUCAGUUCAGUACGAAUGCAGUCACACGUUGUGAGGUUUAACGAGUCAUCGAAAGCUCGAGCCAGUUCGGAAGAAAAUGUCACACAGAUACCCGAUGCACCGGUCACGCCUGAUCUAUCAUCUCGGCGUUUGCGCUGUUCUGUCGUCGAAUUGAUUGAAACGGAGGACUCCUAUGUUCAACACUUACGAGAUCUGGAACAAGGCUAUCUGAAUAAUCUGCGGAAAAUACCGGAAUUGGAUGCAGAUCAAGUGGAAACGAUUUUUGGUCGAAUUCCUGGAUUACGGCAAUUUCACCAAAUGCUAGCAGCCAACCUACACAAGCACGCUACAAACAUGGUGGAAUUGGCUCGCACAUUCAUCAAUCUGGAAAAUCAGUUUUCUGCACUUUACGUUAGUUUUUGUACAAGCUAUUCCAGGUUCGUGCAACUUAUUCAGGGACACUCUGUGAACACUAACCGAUUUCAUCAGAUUGCUCCGAGUUCCUGUGGAUUUUCCCUAACCAAAUCAUGGGCAUUGCAAAUUCUGCACCACGCGGAAAGAAAUCAAACUGUUCUAUGGAACCACCUGACGCAAUGUCAGCAGUCCCUAGGACACAAGCUCCCGGUGAGCACUUACUUACUCAAACCAGUGCAGAGGAUUCUUCAGUAUCGAAUGAUUUUACAAGCGUGCUCGAAGUAUUCGUUUACUAUGUUGAAUUUCCUACCUGACGAUGACAUUCAGACUACAGUAGACCCAUUGGUGAGCGGGAAAAUGACAUCCACGGGCGAGGUCCGUCGAGCUCUUCAAGAUGCCGUACCACUAUUUCUUGAAGCCGCAGAAAAAAUGGAAAAGGUCGGAAAUCACAUUAACGAGAAGAAACGAUCGGACGAUAUAAUUCAGCAUCUCAGAAAAAUUCACCUUGAGGCAGACCAGUGGGGUGAAUUGGUACUUAUGGAUCGAUUCCGCGUUGCAAGCAAAAAGGACUGGCGCUUGGUUUUGCUCUUUCACUCCGCAAUCGUACUUUGUAAAUAUUCCCAGCCAGUCACAUCCAGACGUCCCGACCAAUUGAAGGAUGGAAUAGCAGACCACGAGUCAACGGGAAACAACUCACUUGGCUGGAUGUUAUCCAGUGUUCAUGGUAUCACUGAGGUGCCUGUUGAAAUACGUCAAAUUUUUACGUGCACCAACCUUAUGCUGAUUGAGUGCAUUCCGAAAGAUCCCCUCGCAUUCCAUAUCCUUCCGUUUGGAAGUCCAAAAGCGCAACGAACUCUGCGGGCGGUAAAUAUAUCGGUGAAAGAAUUGUGGUGCAUGGAAAUCAAACGUCUGAUUCUGGAGAACUACGAUGCAGCCAUCCCGGACAAGGUCAAGUACAUCCUUCUCAAUACGAUUACGAAGCAUGAUCCAGAGGGAACAUCUGAUAUAGCAACUGACCGAAAAAACAGUGAAAAUAAAACCAGUCCGAAACUUUCACACCCAGAACCCGCCACUUCCCAGAGUUAUCCCGACGGACUAUCCGCAAAGGUCUCUACGACUCACACGAGGAACACCGCCGAUUUUGCUAAAGUCCCCCAAUCCAAAAAAUCCGUCAGGAAUAUGGUCUUCCUGCCCGCUGAUUUGCUUCCAGAUGACCAAAGCUUGUCAACCCAAACAGAACUUGGAGAUAUUGCUCCUCAGACUGUGAAUACAAAACCGCCAUCGGUAGAAGAUUGUUCCUCGGUUUUGGAAUACGUUGCAUUCGGUGGUUCCCAAUUGCCUGAACAAACCGGUGACUUUCGGUGUAUUGCAGUUGAAGUCAAUGAGGAAAGGUUUCUCAGGGACGCAGAUGGAAAUGAAUGUGAACGGGGCUCUUCUUUUGCUCCAUCGAGUUCGAAUGGCGUUGUUCCAACAGAUAUUCCGGACAGAUUUACUCCACCCAACUCGAUUAGAUUAUCUGAAAAACAGCGCGGAGUGAACAGUCGUCCUCAGGGUCCAGAUGAAACAUUCUUGUACAUAAAUUAUCCUGGUAUUAUUAGACAUGAUCCGGUCAGUUUCGACCGCACCUAUGAUCGAUAUAUAGCCAAAGCGCGUGCCAACUUGUUUCUAUCUGUGGUGGAUAUGGACGAGAUUUUCCGUCCGCUACUUGAGGUUUUCGAUCCUGGAUCCCCACCUUCAGUACUGUUCAGUACUCGAUCUUCUAGCCAUCAUCCUCCAUCGGUUCCCACACACAAGGACAAAGAAGAUCCGGCAAUCAACAGCCAAGGAAAAGGCCGAACAUUGUCAUCAGGGGGCUGUUCGCUGCAGGUUGUUUCACGUAAACCAGUCGUGGCAGAUGACCCAGUCACCGAUUGUAGCAGUCCUAGUGGCCCAAAUUCUGGAGCGAGUUCGCCGCGACACGUCGUCAGCCAGAUUGGUUUCUUGCACAGUAAAAACCAAAGUCGUGAGGACGAAACGGACAAUUUCGAUCAAACGAUAAAACGAAACACAUUAGGACGCAAUGGAAUUCCCAGGACGAGCCCUGAACCUAACCCUAAACACCAGACUCCGAGAAAAGAUUACUUGCCUAACGAGUAUAUCGGUCGUAACUUUGUCCACCCAAGGUCAUCAUCCCUUGCACCAGUGAGUGACUCCGGACCAGACCCCUGCGAGCAAAUAAAUAGAUCUGUGAGCAAUUUUAGGUUCAGAACUGGACCACCCUCCCGCUGGCGUCUGGUUGAUUCGCACUCAAACAGUGUUAGCAGCCUUUCGUCUUUUGGGUCGACCCGACACGGCACAAUGCACAGUACCGGCGCAGCCAACCAAAUGGUUACGUCAUCCUCCUCCAACAACAGAAACGGUCGCUCCAUGCCAAACGGACGUGAGUAUGCCCUCAAGUCCACUAGUUUUAAUACAUUCUCUGGCAAUAAGCCACUUCGUCACGGCCGACUUGAAUCCAGUCGAGAGCCUGUUUGCAACACAGGAUCUCCAGUCAAUCCCUCCGGCUCACCAAAACUGACGAGACUUGGAAGAAAAAAAUCAAAGGCUCCCUCUCCACCGCUUUCAGGAGCUCCUUUGGCCCAAGAAGAUGAAGCAUUUUUUGACUACCCGUCGAUGGAGAGUAGAACCAUUAGAACUACACCGCACUCGGAGCGUCAACGUCUCCAUCGCGUUACCCUUCCCGGACUCGGUGACUUCCAAAGUAGUCAUGGCACGCCGGACGACGGUUCCUUGGUCAGCCAAAGACCACCUGUGAAGCCCCCGCGCAAAGCUGUGGUUUUAUCAAAUACCACACACCACUUUGUAUCUCCAAAUCGGUCGUAUGAGUCACCCCGUCGAAACUAUCAGACAACUUCAUCCGAAACAAACAAUAUCAUCCGACACAAAAAUGUCCCCAGUCCAGGCAGGUAAUAUUCACACCGCCACUCAGAAGUCCUUCAGUUCCAAAGACUGUCACUCACUGAAUAGUCUGUAUUUUGGGAGUCCAAUUCUCCCAGCCGUGUACAUUGAUGGUGGUUUCCUUUAUUCCAGUUAAAAUAUGCAGUGUUUUUUCUGGAUAGCAAGAAUUCGACAUGUAGACCUGCC